AUUUCUUUCAUUCGGCAGAGUAAAAUUAAACACCAUUUCUCAAAUUUCAGAUAUAGUAUGCUUCACCAUUCAAACAAUUUCCUAAAUUUCAUCAGUUUCCAACUCUUCUUCUGAGUAAGAAACUCAACUUUCUGGUAGAAGUGAUAUAAACAAUACAAAAUGGAGAAUGAAUGUAACUGGGAGCAAAACACACUCAUCAAUGAACUAAUUCAGGGGAUGGAUGUGGCGAAGAGAUUGAAGGAAGAGUUGAGAACACCGUAUUCCCUCGACACAAGGGAUUUGCAGGUGCAGAUGAUACUAUCUUCUUACGAAAAGGCUCUGCAAAUUCUACGAUAUAAUGAAUCAGCUUCUAAGUCGCAGACUGUGACUCCAGUCAUAACUUCUUUACCUCAGUCCCCGGUGUCGACCAAUGGGAGUCCGCUGAGCGAAGACUUUGAUGCGACCUUUCAAGAUCGCAAAGAAGUUAAAAACAAAUCGAAGAAAAGAAAGGUUGUGCCCAAAUGUAUUGAUCAGAUAAGAGUGAGCUGUGAAAGUGGCUUUGAAGGACCACAUGAAGAUGGCUUCAACUGGAGAAAAUAUGGUCAGAAAGACAUCCUUAGUGCCAAACAUCCAAGAAGCUACUAUCGGUGCACCUUCCGCAACACACAGAACUGCUGGGCGACGAAGCAAGUGCAGAGAUCAGACGAAGAUCCGACAAUAUUUGACAUAACUUACAGAGGAAAACAUACUUGUUCUCAGGGAAACAAUGCCAUUGUGCCAUACAAGCCACAAGACAUUAAAAAACAAGAGAAACCACACAGUCAAAUUAAUGAUAUCCACCAUGCACAACAAUCACAAGAACGCUUUACAAACUUCAGCAACACCUUGACUGUAAAAACCGAUAACCUGGGAAACGAAGAAAUGGCACGUCCUUUCACCUUCCCUUCCACUUCAUUUGGAUACACAACGCAAGAAAACCACAGCUGGGUUCCUUCAACCUUAGAGAACGAUUCUUUCUUGAGCAGCCUGUUCCAAACACACUUGUUAUCUCCAGCAACACCAGAAUCAAACUAUUUCUCAUCUCCAACUUUCCACAUGAACGAUUUUGAUGGGUUCUAUAACAUGCCUCAUUCAGAAUCUGACAUUCCAGAUAUGAUUUCCACCAACACGUCAGUCACAAAUUCUCCAAUUCCCAAUUUUCAUUUUCCACUUGAUCCAGUGGAAAUUGAUCCCAAUUUCCCUUUCAAUACUUCAGGAUUUUUCUCCUAAUUGUACUUGAGAAUCGAAUACCACGAGUACAAACAACAUCAACCAGAAGUAUUUUUCACCAAGACAACUUAUGUUUGGAUUGUAAGAGCAUCAGAUAACAUCAUACUGUCCUAUAGUGUAAAUGGUUAUAUUAUGAGUAUAAAGUCAUCCUAAAAUAGGACAACUUCAGAAAAAAGAGGAAUUGUAGAAUAAAGAUUCGGCACGGUAGCUAGGACUUUAUGAGCAUCCUUAUAGUUAAUAUUGGAAUUACAAUUUCAGCAUUUA